AUGGCGAAAGUUGCCUCGGCAGUAACAUCUUACUUUCGCCGAUAUACCUUCAAAGAAUGGGCCAACUACUUCAUGUCAACACAUUUCUGGGGACCAGCUGCUAAUUGGGGUAUUCCACUUGCGGCAAUAGCUGAUCUGAAGAAAAAUCCCGAUAUGAUCUCCGGUAACAUGACAGUAGCCCUGUGCAUGUAUUCGUCCGUGUUUAUGCGGUUCGCAUGGCAUGUUCAACCGCGGAAUCUCUUGCUCUUUGCAUGUCAUUUCACAAACUUAUCGGCACAAUCACUACAGCUUUGUCGUUUCUUGAACCACAACUACUUGCAUAUAAUAGAAGAUCCUGUAGUGCAAAAGGAGCGCUUAGCUGGAGGAACUAAGGCCAAAGCUAACCUCCAAACUGCUAAGCAUAGCUAG